GUUCAAUCCAAUACACCCACAAGCUAUCAUAGAUCUACAGCAUUCCCUUUGCGAGCAAGACAGUUACAUUGCAUACUGAAGAACCAAAUGUAGCGGCGCAGGACGGGAAGCUUUCAUUAACACAGUAUAGGUUACCGAUGCAAUAACGUCGGGCAGCCUAUCCAUCGGAAGUGCUGGGCGCAAUGGCGUCGGAUGAGGAAGCAUACGAGGACCCAGCCGCGGACGAAGACGACCGUGACGAAGACUACAUAGCAGAUGAUGGGGAUGACGGGGUGGAGGACGACGACGACGACGAGGACUACGACGGAUCAGAGGAGGCGCCACCCCGCCGCAGGCCUGCCGUGGCCACACGCACCACACGUCGCAGCACGCGCAGCACUAAGUCGUACAAGGAUGAGUCGGAUGAGGAUGGCGGGAUAGACGAUGACGAUGAGGAGGAGGAGGCGGACGAUGAUGACGAAGAGGAGGAGGACGAUGAUGAUGAGGAGGAGGAGGACAUGGAGGACGAUGAGGAGGAGGAUUACGCUCCCCGGGCGCGGCGAUCUAGGGCAGCAGCGGCAGCGUCGCGGCCCCGGCGGCAGGCGGCACAGCAGGCCAAAGCGCGUCUGAAGGACUCGGUGACGGAGGAUGACGACGAGGAGAUAGCGCGGGCCAUAGACCGGGAGAUUAACGGGCUGCGUGCUCGGCCUCGCAAGGUUGCCGCCUCCAGCUUUGAGGAGCGCGCAGUGAGCCCCCGUGGCGGCCGUCGCGCUGGCUCCGCCUCACGACAAACCUCCGCACCACCACCGCCCAGCAGCCGCGCGGGGGGCGCCGCCGCCUCCAACCGCCGCCGCGCGCCCCCCUGCCGUACUAGCCAGCGCAGUGUCGCCAAGGUGUCGUACGCGGAGAGUGAUGACGAGGAUGAUGAUGACGAGGAGGGGGGUGGCGGCGGGGGACGUGGAGGGCGCGGCGGCUCCGCUGGGAAGGUGCGGGAGGCCUUGUCUGCGUUUGAGGACCCUGACGAGGAUGAGGUGGAGGACGAGGUGGAGAAGGUCCUGGCGCAUAGGGAAUCGGAGACGCUGCCGGCAGUUCCCGGCGACCCAUGGGCCAGUCGGGAGUUCUACAUCAAGUGGAAGCUCUACAGCUACAUCCACUGCAGCUGGGACUCCCGGGCGGCCCUGGAGCAGCUGCGGGGCUACAAGCGAGUGCUCAACUACAUCAAGAAGGUGGACGAGGUGGAGGCGGGGCGCGGCUACUUCAGCCGGGAGGAGCAGGAGAUGCAGGACGUGGAGCGGGAGAUGGAGGCGCAGCUCAACCAGCAGCACAUGCAGGUCGAGCGUGUGAUGGCUGAGAAGCAGGUCAGCCUGCCGGUGCGCAGCGAGGACGAGGAGGCGGAGGCGGCGGGCGGGCGGGGCAGCGUGGGGCCGCCGGGGCAGCGCCGCCGCGAGCGCGAGGCGGCGGGCGAGGGCGAGAUGGUGACGGCCACCAAGUACCUGGUCAAGUGGGAGGGGCUGCCGUACGCGGAGUGCACAUGGGAGGCGGUGGAGGACGUCAUCAAAGCAGGCGGCAGCGCCCAGAUCGACCAGUACCUGCAGCGCGAGCAGCGGCUGCUGGAGCCGGGUCGCUCCGUGGACACCACCCGCAAGCAGUUCAAGAUCAAGGGCACGCGGGCGCUGGAGCAGCAGCCGGAAUACCUCAUGGGCGGCACGCUGCGCGACUACCAGAUGGAGAGCCUCAACUGGAUGAUCUACAGCUGGUCGGAGGACCGCAACAUCAUCCUGGCGGACGAGAUGGGGCUGGGGAAGACGGUGCAGUGCGUCUCCUUCGUGGGCUACCUUGCUGAGACGCUGCAGGUGCGCGGCCCCUUCCUGGUGGUGGUCCCGCUGUCCACCGUGCCCAACUGGAUCCGCGAGUUCCGGCGCUGGGUGCCCUUUGUGAACGCGGUGGUGUAUGUGGGCGACUCGCGGUCGCGGGAGGUGCUGCGGGCGUACGAGUGCGAGCCGGCCGCCCACCACCGGGCAGCGCGGCCGCACAAGUUCGAGGUGCUGCUGACCACGUACGAGCUCAUCCUCAAGGACGCGCCGAUCCUGUCCCGCAUCAAGUGGGCCUACCUGCUGGUGGACGAGGCGCACCGCCUCAAGAACGCGGAGUCGGCUCUCUACCAGGAGCUGAUGGAGUGGCACUUCAAGAACAAGCUGCUUGUGACGGGCACCCCGCUGCAGAACAGCCUCAAGGAGCUGUGGGCGCUGCUGCACUUCCUGGAGCCACACAAGUUCCCUACCUGCGAAAGCUUCGAGCAGGAGUACUCGCUGCAAACGGCUGACAGCGUGUCGGGUCUGCACGGCGUGCUGCGUCCGCACCUGCUGCGCCGCGUGAUCAAGGACGUGGAGAAGUCGCUGCCGCCCAAGAACGAGCGCAUCCUGCGGGUGGACAUGACGCCGCUGCAGAAGCAGUACUACAAGUGGAUCCUCACGCGCAACUUCAAGGAGCUCAACAAGAGCUCCCGCAGCGGGCAGGUGUCUCUGCUGAACAUCAUCGGCGAGCUGAAGAAGUGCUGCAACCACCCCUUCCUGUUCGAGAGCGCGGAGGAGGACUACCGGGGGGCGGAGAACGACAAGUCCGCGGUGGACCGCCUGAUCGUCACCAGCGGCAAGAUGGUGCUGCUGGACAAGCUGCUGCGGAGGCUCAAGCAGACGGGGCAUAGGGUGCUCAUUUUCAGCCAGAUGGUUCGUGUGCUGGACAUCAUCAGCGACUACAUGCGCCUGCGCGGCUUCCCGCACCAGCGCCUGGACGGCUCCACGCCCGCCGCCUCGCGCCACGCCGCCAUGGAGCACUUCAACCGCCCCGACUCGCCCGACUUUGCGUUCCUGCUGUCCACGCGCGCGGGCGGGCUGGGCAUCAACCUGGCCACCGCGGACACGGUGAUCAUAUUCGACAGCGACUGGAACCCGCAGAACGACCUGCAGGCCAUGUCCCGCGCGCACCGCAUCGGCCAGACCGAGACCGUCAACAUCUACCGCUUCGUGACCAGCUGCAGUGUGGAGGAGGACAUCCUGGAGCGCGCCAAGCGCAAGAUGGUGCUGGACCACCUGGUCAUCCAGCGCAUGGACACCAGCGGGCGAACCAUCCUGGACCCGGCAGCGGGCAAGGCCAGCGCCUCCGCCAAGCAGAUGUUUGGCAAGGACGAGCUGGCGGCCAUCCUGAAGUUCGGGGCGGAAGAGCUGUUCAAGCAGCAGGCAGAGGACGACAGCCACUCCGCCGAGCGAGCCCGCUGCGCUCUGUACGAGGACGACAUCGACGCCAUCCUGGAGCGCGCCGAGGUGGUGGACACGCGGGCGCUGGCGGGAGCCGGCGGCGGCGGGGGGGCCGCGGGCGAGGAGGGCGGCGCCGCGGAGCUGCUCAACUCCUUCAACGUGGCCACCUUCAAGAACGAGGAGGACGACGCGGCCUUCUGGUCCAAGCUCAUCCCGCCCUCGGAGCGACCCAAGGAGGAGGAGGAGGAUCUGCUGCCCCGCAACGCUCGCCGGGUGUUGGAGCAGAGCACAGCGGACUCGGACGACGACAACGCGGCGCAUGCGGGGCCGGGGCGCAAGGCGGGCGGAGGCGGGGGCAGGGGCGGGCGCGGGGGGCACCGCGGGGGUGGCGGGGGCCGGCGGCCGGGGGUGUCCUCCGCGGGUGCGGAGCCGGGGCCGCCGGUGGACGGAGCGGCGCUGCGAGUGGACGAGUGGGUGGUGGAGGUGGACGAGGAGGGGCAACCCGCUGCCAAGGACGAUGGUACGGAGCCCGAGGCGCGCAGCCUCAGCCGCCGCGACGCAGCUGCCUUUGUUCGCGCGGUACGGCGGUACGGGCGACCUGAGCGGCUGGCUGACAUGGCUGGCGAGGUGGGGCGGGCGCUGGAGGAGGCGAGUGCGGGGCAGCGGCUGUCGCUGUGGCACUGCCUGAUGGAAGGGUGCAAGGCAGCGGUGCAGAAGACCACGGAGGAGCAGGCGGAGGAUGCAAAGGACGCCAUCCUGGACUUCUUCGGAGUGAGUGUCAAGGCCGCCGAGCUGCUGGCCACCUGCUCGCACCUGCGCCUGCUGGCUCGCAAGGUGGCGGCGGCGCGGGACCCAGCGGUGCAGCACUUCAGGCUGGACGCGACCAGCCAGCUCAGCGUGCCAAAGUGGGGCAAGGCCAUCAACUGGACCCCCCGCGAGGACGCGCUGCUGCUGCUGGGUGUGCACCUGCACGGCAUGGGCCACUGGGACAAGGUGGCGGCGGACGAGGCGCUGCGCCCGCACCUGGCGGACAAGCUGGCGGGGGCGGUGGGGGGCGCGGCGGCCAGGGAGGAGGGCGGCGCGGGAGGCGCGAUGAAGGAGGGGCUGCCCAAAGCCUCCCACCUGGAGACGCGCGCCCUGGGUCUGCUCCGCAAGAUGCACGCCACGCACAAGGCCGCCACCGCGCCGCCGGUGAAGCGCCAGGGGGCCGGCGGAGCACGCAAGAAGACCCAGCCGCCGCACUCCCACCCACCCCACUCGCACUCACAUGCCCACCCGCAUCCCGCACAGCACCCACCGUCACAGCCACAGCAGCCGCCGCAGCAACAGCAUGCGGAACGGGACAGGGACGCCCGAACCGAUGGCGGCGCUGUAGGGCCCUCUGGCAGGGAGCGGGAGCCGGCGGCGGCGGGGACUGCUGCUGCUGCUGCUGCCCGGGAGGCGGGAUCGCCGCCGUUAGCGAAUGGAGGCGCGGGAGGCAGCAUGCCCGCCGCGGCAGGAACUGGGGGCGGUGCGAGCGCAGGUGGUGGUGCGGCGGGUGCGGCCGCUGCGACAGCGGGCGGCAAGCGCAAGGCAGCCGGAGGAGAGAGAGGGGCGGGGCCGGUGGAGAAGCGCGUGCGAGUGGACGCCAAGGCUGAGGGCAAGGCAGCAGACGCGCCUGUCGGCCGCGACGAGCUGCGGACGCUGCUCGAGCCAGCGCAGGCUGACAUCCGCAAUCUGCGCAAGCUGCAGGACGGCUCCAUCACCGACAAGUCCGUCAUCGUGCAGAACACCAAGCUCUACCUCACCGCCAUAGGCGCGCAUAUCGAGCGGGUGACGGCGGCCAAGGGCGCCAAGGUGGGCAAGAAGCUGUGGGAGCUGGCGGCCCGCAACAUCGGCAACGGCAAGUCGGGUGAGGAGCUGCGGCAGUUGCACCAGCGCAUUCAGCAGUCGCAGCAGCCGGUGCAGCGGCAGCAGCAGCAGGCCCCGCAGCAGCAGCGCUCCAGGCAGCCACAGCCGAAGCAACAGCAACAGCAGCAAGGCCGGCCCGGGCAGCAGCACCAACAGCAGCAGCAGGGUGCAUCUGCGAGGGCGCACUCGCCAAGCCAGGAGCGGGAAGCUGCCGCAGCGGCUGCAGGCGGCAGCACUGGCCAGCAGCCGCAGCAGCAGCAGCAGCCGCUCUCCCAGCCCACCUCACCGAGGCCCGGAACCGCCUCGCCGCCCGCUGCAGGGCCGCCACCUGCGGGACCCGCAGCGCAGAACGGACCCCCGCGGGCGCAGGCAACCGCCCCUGCACCUGAGCCGCAGCGGCACGCCCCGCCGCCGCUUGUACUGCCGCCGCCGCCACCGCAGCUGCAGGUGCAUGCACCCAGGCAGCCUUCCGGCCCUCUCUCGCCGCAACCCCAGCACCAGCCCGCGCCGCCGCCGCCUCCCGCGCAUCCCCAUGCGCACCGGCAGCACUCGGCUCCGCCGCCUUCUGUCAUGGUACGGCCACCUGUGCCGCCGCCUGUCCCUCCGCCCAUGCCGCCGCCUAUCCCUCCGCCAGCUCCACCUCCUGGCCAGCCACCGGUACCAGCCCCCAUGCCGCCUCCGGUCCUACCUCCCAUGCCACCGCCAGUUCCUCCUCCCAUCCCACCACCCGCGCCACCCCCAGGAGCGCCGCCCCCAGCGCUGUACCUCCAGCCCAACCAACAGCAACCGCACCCCCACCAUCACCCCCACCAUGCCCAUCCCCACCCACCCCACCACCCAUUCCACCCACAUCUCAACCAGCAGCAGCUACACCACCCGUAUCAGCGGCCUCCGGAGCAGCUGCAACUGCCGGGGGCCAUUCCACCUCCGGCUCCGCCGCCGAUGCCACCGCCGCUACCCAUCCCGCCACCCGCGCCGCCGCCGGUGCCACCUCCCCUACCCGACGUCGUCAUGGAUGGAGGGCCGUACAGCAGAGGCGGCCCCUCCUUCAUGGGUUCCGGGUCGCCUCCCGCUGGCUGGACCCCCGCCACCUCCCCGCCUGCCGGCUUCUACGGAGCACACUCGCCCGGUGCAGCAGCACCCGUGAUGGCUACUGUCACUCAGGAGCCCCCGCCGCCUGAGCGUGGCAGGUCGCGUGAAGCGCCGCCGUUGCCGCAGCAACCGCCGCCACUGUCGCGUCAACCGUCGCAGCAAGGGGUGCCUCCGUCGCAACAGCAGCCCCAGCUGUACCAGGCACAGCAGCACGCGCCGGCAGCGCCGUACCAGCAGCCGCCGCUGCCCUCGGCGCCCCUUCCUCCCGCAUGCGAGGCCCAACGUGAAGGGUCGCAGCAGCUGCCACAGCGCGGCAGCGCGGAACCCGAUUACCGUGGAGAGCGUCGUGACCCACGGGACAGGGAGCGUGAGGCCCGGGAGCCGCGCGACAGGGAACGUGACCCACGGGACGUCCGCCCGGCCUCCCAGCAUCACGAUGAACGAGAUCGUGAGAGGGAUCGACCCGACCGGGGCGACCGGGAGCGCGAUAGGGCGCCCGCCGGGCGGGAGUGGCGGGAGCGCCGUGGCAGUCGCAGCCGCAGUCGGGAGCGGGACCGGGAGGCAUGGGCAAGGGACUAUGACCGAGACCGUGAUGCACGCGACCGUCGAGAUGCGCGUGACCGAGAUCGAGAUCGGGAACGGGAUCGUGAGCGCGACAGGGACCGGGAACGAGAGCGCGAUAGGGACCACGACCGAGACAGGGACCGCCGGGACGUCCGGGACCGCGACCGAGACAGGGACAGGGACCACGAACGGGACCGUGACCGGGAGAGGGACAGGGAG